GUGAAAAUGGCCAAUCCUUUAAGAGGAGAAGUAUUGAAUCUUUAUAAGAAUCUGCUGUAUCUUGGACGAGACUAUCCAAAAGGAGCAGACUAUUUCAAAAGGCGUCUGAAGAAUGUUUUCCUUAAAAACAAAGAUGUGAAGGACCCAGAGAAGAUCAAAGAACUUAUUGAAAGGGGCAAAUUUGUAAUGAAAGAACUAGAAGCAUUAUACUUCCUUAGGAAAUACAGAGCUAUGAAACAACGCUAUUACUCAGAUACCAACAAAACUAAAUGAUCAGUAUUACUAUCAUUUGACUGAAGAUCAGUGCCAGCUGUUUAUGUACCAGCUAUGACAAAAAUAACUUUAAAGUGUCAAGAUAUACACUGUGUUAAAAAUACCUGAGCUGCCUUACUGAACUAAAACAGGUUUCAACUUCUAUUGCUUUAUCAGCAACCUUUAUGCUCAAUUUUUAUAUAACA